AUGAGCAAAGCUCACCCUCCUGAGUUGAAAAAAUUUAUGGAUAAAAAGUUAUCAUUGAAAUUAAAUGGUGGCUGGGCCUCCCUGGGAGCACAGCGACAUGGCCAAGGAAUACUCCAGGGAUUUGAUCCAUUUAGGAAUCUUGUGAUAGAUGAGUGUGUGAAGAUGGCAACUAGUGGGCAACAGAACAAUAGUGGAAUGGUGGUAAUAUGA